AAUGCGAAAAGGGUUCUGUUCUAAUAUUGUAUAAACCCUAGUGGCGAAACACCUUCUAGGUCUGUUUGCCAGCCGCUGCUCUGAAGAAGACGACCGAAGCUAAGACGUUCACAGCGGAGAUCUACCACCUCUGUCAACAUGGGGCGUAUGCAUAGUCGCGGUAAGGGUAUCUCAUCUUCAGCUUUACCUUACAAGAGAACUCCUCCUAGUUGGCUCAAGACCUCCUCUCAAGAUGUGGAUGAGAAUAUCUGUAAGUUUGCCAAAAAGGGCAUGACACCAUCUCAGAUUGGUGUGAUUCUUCGUGAUUCUCAUGGGAUUGCUCAGGUGAAGAGCGUCACCGGAAGCAAGAUCUUGCGUAUUCUCAAGGCUCAUGGGCUUGCACCUGAGAUCCCAGAGGAUCUUUACCACUUGAUUAAGAAGGCUGUGGCAAUCAGGAAACACUUGGAGAGGAACAGGAAGGAUAAGGACUCCAAGUUCCGCCUGAUUUUGGUUGAGAGCAGAAUCCACCGCCUAGCUCGCUACUACAAGAAGACAAAGAAGCUUCCCCCCGUCUGGAAAUACGAGUCUACUACCGCAAGCACACUUGUGGCUUAGGCUAGAGUGGAUUGAAUGGAGGAGAGGACUGGGCAAUGGUUCUCCUUUGUCAUGAAAUAUUUGUUAAAGUGAAUUUUGUAAUUUGACAAUGACUGUUGCCUGACAAUGGAUGAUGGGUUGGGAUUCAUUCUUUCACAUUGUAAUGCCCUACUUAUAUUGUCAUCAUCAGAUGCUUUAAAUUUGGCAAUUUACUUAUUAGAAAGGAAGGAUUUUUGAUUAA